AUUCUUAGCAGAAUGCUGCAACCUCUCAUACCUGUAUUUCUCGAUAAUGAAAUUUACUAGAAUUCAGAAAUUUUAUUUUAAUUUUUUAUAGUGAUGCCCAACCCGAAAAUUAAGGCACGAUCCGUCACCGCAAGUGGUUAGGUUUCAAAAAGUUUCAUCACUGAAUGUGUCCGUUCAUCUUCCCUCCUCGGAUAAUUCUUUCUUUCUUUCUUUUUUUUUCUCUUUUUUUUUUAAGCGAGUAAUGGAUAUUUUACGUACAACCUACCAAACUGCCCUAGUGUAUGAGCCAUGAAGAAGGGGUGUUAAAUUGUAUACUGUUUCAUAUCUGCGGCUUGGGGGCCGACUACGCGGUUGUCUGCGGCUCGGGCAACCACUAAAUUUCAGGAGGGAGGGGGGGUGAACUUCCCUUACCGUCGGUUUAACUUUUAAACUAUAUUUCCAUAAUUGUGUUUCUAACGAACACAAGAAGGUACUAAUUUUGGCCCAGAAUAUUUUUAUUGGAUGUUUAUAUUUUUCAUAACUCUUUACGCCUCCAAAUUUUUGAUAGGUCGUGGAGCGAGUUAAGUUCUAUAUCGUAAUUUUUGUUUUGAAUAAGGGGAAUCUUGGAAUUCAAAAGUGACAGAGGUGUGAGCGAACAUACCAUAGUUCAAUUUUCAAUCCUCUGAGAAUGUCUGCCGGGAGAAUUUGUAGCAUAAACCUAACCACCCAUGAAAUUUUGAGAAGUCGGCGUCCACUGUGUACAUGCUUACAAAUCAGCUAAACUGUGAGGGAGUCAUCGUUGGAAUUUUUCUCGUACGUUAACUGUUGCUAAAACAUACCAUGAUUUCAAUGUAACAAUAUGGCGGUAGAGGUUGUGUGAUAAUCCAUAGGUUGGUAUCGAUCUAAUAAUAAUGCGUUCCUGUGGCGACGAUCAUGGAUAAUAGAAAAAUGGGCGACGAUACAAUCUAAGAACGAUUUCAACAGCAAGAACUCGCAAACAAAAACAUAGUUUAUGCAUGUAGUGCAUUGAUUUCUUACAACAGGUCUACAAAGAAAGGUCAAAACAGUAAUGUCCUGCUGCAUCGCUUUAAAAAAGUCAAAGAAAGGCACAAAACUGCAGUCUUUUGAUCAUGCCUAUUGUAGAAAUGUAAAUGAAGUUUCUUUGAAGAGAAAUGUUAGAAAUGCAGUAUCAAAUGAGAGGUUAACAGAAAACACUUCUGGAAGAGGAGAAAUUGCAAGCAAGGAAGUAUUUUUGAAAGGUUAUGUAACAGAGGAUAAUGCAGACCAUAAUGUUGUAAGACAUCUAAAAAUGGAAUCAGUCACUGAAAGCUGUAAGACUUCAACACAAUUACCAGUACCAGAUACAGCAUAUAAUGAUGUGGCUAAAGAACAUGAUUUGAAUCAAGCAUAUAUUUCGGACAGUAUACAAAAUGUAAUUUCAAGGAAUCAAAAAGAGAGGAACAAUAAAUUAGCUUUAAACAGAGUGAAUCUCCCAUGCACAGAAACAGUCUUUUCUUGGGAAAGAAUUUCAUCUCAGAUAUGCAGAUUAUGUGCAUGUGCAAAUGAAUUACAUCCAAAACAGCCCAUUGUUGGUUGGUUGGGCUUACUAGAUGAAGUACUUCCUGGUGUGGUAUCACUGAAUGAUGGACUUCCCCAACACAUGUGCAGGCCAUGUGCAAACAAGCUGUAUACAUGCAACCAAAUAAAGGCUGAAUUUAUUAAAGCAGAUCAAAAACUUCAAGGAAUCAUGGGAUUUGUAAAGUCAGCAGGUCUUAAUACUGGAACUGGCAACAGAAUUCCCAAAGAUUCAAAUGCUGAUGAAGGAACUUUUAAUCCGACAUUUGAUAAAAUAAAAGAAUCUGAGUUUUUGUAUGAAGAUGGUUACAACAGAGAGUAUUAUAGUGAAAUUUAUGAAGUACCUGUAACAAAUGAAACUGAUGCUUGUCCUGAGGUAGAAGUAUAUGUAGGCCAACAAGAAAGUCAGGAGAUAAAUGGCCAUGCACAGGAAAGCUGUUAUAAUAAGAUAUUUUCUGAAGUAUUGAAGCUUCAGAAGAAUAGAGUAAAACUGAAAUAUUCAUGUGCUGAGUGUAAAGAGAUGUUCUCUUCAAAAAGGACUUUAAGUGCUCAUAAACGGAUACACAUGAAAUUUAAAGGCCCAAGUGAACUUAUAUGUGAAUACUGUAGCAGAAAGUUUAUACAGAAACAUAAACUGCUUGCCCAUCUUCGUUCACAUACAAACGAGAAGCCUUUCAUUUGUGAAAACUGUGGACAAGGUUUUCGAAUCAAGGAAAGUCUUAAGAAUCAUCAGCUGAAACAUAAUCCUCCUAGAUUUUGUUGUUACAUUUGUGGUAAGAAAUUUCACUGUCAGGCCAAUUUAACUAUGCAUAAAAAGACGCAUCUUACAGAUACCAGACUAAUUUGUGACAUGUGUGGGAAAAUUCUUUCUUCCAAGCUUAUUUUAGAGUCUCAUGUACGCUCUCACCAAGGACAGAAACCGUAUCAGUGUACAGUUUGUGGCAAAUGUUAUUCUUCAGCCAAUGCACUUAGGUAUCACAAGUACAGUCACUCAACUAAAACAUUUACUUGUGAAACAUGUGGAAAAGUCUUCAAACGCAAGAGAUCCUUAACAGAACACAUGAACUGUCAUACUAAACAGAAAAUGUACAAAUGUCCAAUAUGCUUGAAGGCAUUUGCAAAUAGUGGUAACAAAUGGAGGCAUCUGAAGGUAACAUGUAAAAAGAUCCUUUGUGUUGUAUGUAACCAGACUUUCCAAAACAUUGACAUGGUGGAGGAACAUAGAGCCAUGGCACAUUCUGCGGAGGAGAUUGCAGAUGCUGCAAAAGAGUAUCGAAUGGAACAAAUUCUACAUUGUGAAGUAUGCUUAGUUAGUGUUACAGGAACAAAUAGUAUGUUGAAACAUAUGAAGACAGCACACAGAAUAUAUGAAUUAUUUACAUGUGAACAGUGUAACAGAUGUUUUUUAAAUGAAGAACAACUUUUGCAACAUGGCAACCCUUGCAAGUUGAAAAAGGUAGUGUCAGAUUACUUAAAAGGUCCCCGUGGACAUUGUAAAAUUUGUUCUGAGCCUAUAUCUGGGACAGGCAAUAUGGUGAAGCAUAUGAGACGAGUUCAUAAGGAAUAUAGGCCAUUCACAUGUGAGCAAUGUCCAAAAUCUUUCCUAACUAAACAAGAACUAGGACAACACAAUAUAAGUCACAGUGAUUAUCGCCCAUUCUCCUGUCCCAUCUGCCACACCAAAUUUAAGUCUAAACAUUCUCUCCAUUGGCAUGAUAUAUCACUUCAUCGGGAUGUGUUCCCCUUUUCAUGUCCUUAUUGUGAUCGUAAAUUCAAAAGACAAACGUCUUUGGUUAUACACAAGAGGACACACACAGGGGAGCGUCCUUAUCCUUGCCCCUUAUGUAAAAAGGCUUUUGCUAAUAAAAUUGACAUGCAAAGGCAUACCAACACACAUUCCUAUAUCAAAAGAAUGAAGAUAAAUAAAUAGUUUGUAGCUCUAACAAGUAAUGUUUCAUGAAGUGCAAUGUGUUACCCAGUGAUCAAAGAAUAAGACAUAUGGGUUUUUGGCUGCUUGUAUCCUUGUGAUUUUUUAUGUGUGCCUUCCCCUACCCUACUUCUGACAAAAUCAGAUCUUUGUCAGUGUGGAAUAUCACUCCCCCACUGUUGUUCAGAGCAUAUUUACAUAGGUUGAUACACUAUCCUGUCAGGAGUAAAUGAAUUCUCACAUGAGAAGUGUUAGGCAGAGGACAGAAAUGUCCUUUAGAUCAUAAGUCUCAGAAACAGUAAAUGAACUAAAUGUUGCAGCAGUUGGAAAAUAAUUUGUGGUGCCAAUAAAUGUAUUAAUCAGCAAAGUACAGAGUAUAAAAAUUUGACAGAAUAUAUGCAUAAGAAUUUAUAAUGAUGUAACUGCAAAAUAAAGAAAAAAUUUGAUCUCUGAACA